AACUUUGAGUCGUGAAUGCGGCGCAGGCAUCUCCGUGCUUUGACAAAUUGGGUUUUCUAUACUUGACAUUACAUUUGUUUUAAUCUACUAUCUGCACAGAAAAAAGUCCUAAAAUAAGGAGGAUAUUACACUGAAUCAGACUGGUAAUCCACACCAACAACAUCAUAGUAGUUGUCGCAAUCAAAGUAAUUGCUGUGAUAUGUCCCAACUCAGCUGUUCAUCAGGUAACAUUUGAAGAGGGCUCUGUUAAUUUGUCAGCGUGGCAUGAACAUGACUGAGGUAGCACAAAAUAUUGCUGAUGUCGCACACGACAUGACUCAUGUGGCACAUGAUAUGUGUGAUGAAGCACACAAAAUGAGUGAUAAAGAGAACAACGACAACAUGAACGAGUUGCAUGGCCAUGUGGCACACAAAGAGGACGAUGUGGAACACGACAAGCAUGAUUUGGCACACAAGAACAAUGAGGCAUACAAAAAUAACGAUGUGUCCCAUGACGAACAUGAUGAGGCACAAGAAAAGAAUGAGGCGCACAGCGACAAUGAGGAAGAAGUUCACACCGAAGAGGAUGAGGUUCGCACAGAGCCCGAGGAAGAGGAGGAGGAAGAAGGUGAGGCACACGACAGGAAUGAUGUGGAGCACAAAGAAAAUUAUACAGUUAAGGAUAAGGCAAGGCAAAGUUCAAGAUCCAGGAAGGACAAGAACGAUGUGGCACAAAAUGGAGUGGCACAUGACAUGAACGAUGAGUCAGAGAAAGAAGAGAAGGACCAGUCACAGAACGUAUCUGAGGUGGCUCUGAAACAAAAGAGACUUCUGCGCUCCAAAAAGCCGGUGGCAAGGAGCUAUGUGCCCCAGAUCGGUAAGGCUGACGUGAAGAACAAGUUUGAGGCCAUGCAGAAGGCCAGGGAGGAGCGCAACAGUAGGAGGAGCCUAGAGGAGCACCAGAAAAGGAAGGAGCAGUACGUCAAGGAGAGAGAAUACAACCGCAGGAAGCAACAGAUAAAAGAACUACUCGCCUCCAGUGAUGAGGAGGAGGAGGAGGUGAAGCCGGCCAAGGUAGAGAAAUCCUACGUCCCCAAGAUCACAGGCAGUGUGAAGGGGAAGUUUGCAGAGAUGGAGAAGCAGAGACAAGAGGAGGAGAGGAAGCGGAUGGAGGAGGAGAGGAAGAAGCGCGCCAUCCAGGACAUCAUGGAGAAAGCCAAGAUGCAGAAGGAGCUGGCCAAGAAAGCCGCAGAGGAGGGAGAUGACACCAUCCUGGUCCGUGUGGUGCCGGCAAAGCUGUCACGACCUCCAGGCAGGAUCAAGAUGAACUUUGAGGACCUGGAGAAGAACCGCGAGGAAGAACAGAAGAAGAAGACAGAGGAGGAGAAGAAGAAGCGCUACAACGAGAACAGGCUCUCCUUCCGCGAGGCCAAGCGGAGCUCGGCUGUCCAGGAUGAGGACGAGGAACAGCCCACAGAGAAGGAGCAGGUGACUCCUGGGAAGCUAAAAAUGACGUUUGAGGAGGCUGAGAAGGAGAGGCAGGAAUGCCUGAGAAAGCAGGCAGAGAGGGAGGCUAAACGACGUCUGCAGGACGAGAAGAAAGCCUUUGAGGAGGCCAAGCUGGAAAUGGGAGAAGAUGAGGAGGACUCACAAGGAGCUCAAGGCGAGAGAGACGUCAUCCAGCCUGGUAAACUGAGGUUGAGCUUCGAGGAGCUUGAGAAACAGAGGGUAGAGAAUGAACGCAAAGCAGCAGAGGUUGAAUACAAGAGACGAAUGGAAGAGGAGAGGAAGGCUUUCGCCGAGGCCAGGAAAAGCAUGAUAGUGGAUGACGAUGACGAGGUGUUGAUGGCCAUGCUGAACCUGGAGGGCAGCAAGCCAGGGAAGCUGUGUGUCAGCUUCGAGGACAAGGAGCGUCAGAGGAGAGAGGUGGAGGAGAAGAAAGCGGAGGAGGAGGCCAAGAGGAGGCUGGAGGAGGAGAAGAGGCUCUUCACAGAAGCUCGCAAGAAUAUGGUACUAGAUGAGGACGAGGACGGAAUGGUCAAGAGCGACUCCCAGGAAGCAUUGCACCCUGGAAAACUGGAGAUGAACUUUGAAGAGCUGCUAAAGCAGAAGGAGGAAGCCGAUAGGAGGUGCAAAGUGGCGGCGCGCAAGAAGAAAAUGGAGCAGGAGAAACAGGAGUUUGAACAGCUCAGACAAGAGAUGGGAGAGGAUGUGGUGAAUGAGAGCUCUGAUACAGUAAGUAAGGAGUAUGAGGAGCUGAAGAAACUCAAGAGGACCGGCUCCAUCCAGGCUAAGAACCUCAAGUCCAAGUUUGAGAAGAUCAAGCAGUUGAAAGACGAGGAGGUCCAGAAGAAGAUUGAGGAUGUGAGAGCAAAGAGAAAGGCUGUAGAUGAGGAAAUCAAAGAGAGGGAAGAAGAGAGGAUCCAGGAGGAUGAUGAUGAAGGCAAAAAGGACACUGAGAAAGGGGCUGAGGAGGCUCCGUUCAGACAGAAGGUGGACAUGCGCGCACGGUUUGAACAAAUGGCCAGAGCCAGAGAGGAGGAGGAGAAGAAGAGGGUGGACGAACAGAAGCUUCAGAGGAUGCAGUUCGAACAGCAAGAGAUUGACGCCGCUCUCCAAAAAAAAAGGGAAGAUGAGGAGGAGGAAGAGGGAAGCAUCAUCAAUAGCUCGGCAGCCUAUGAGGAUGAGGAGGACCACGCCAGGUCGGGGGCUCCGUGGUUUAAGAAGCCCCUGAAGAACCAAUCGGUGGUGGAUGCCGAGCCAGUGCGGUUCACGGUGAAGAUCACCGGGGAGCCCAAGCCGGAGGUGACCUGGUGGUUUGAGGGGGAGAUGCUCCAGGACUGUGAAGACUAUCAGUACAUAGAGAGAGGAGAGACAUUCUGCCUCUACCUGCCAGAGACCUUCCCAGAGGACGAGGGAGAGUACAUGUGCAAGGCUGUCAACAGCAGAGGCACCGCCGCCAGCACCUGCAUCCUAACGAUAGAAAGUAAGCAUUCUUCCAUCUGACUGUCACUACAUGUCUGCAUGAUGCCACUUCCUGAUUUGGUUUUCUGAUCUUUCUAUGAUUGGAUGGGAUCGCAUGCUCCUCUUCCUGAUCUUCCUAUGAUUGGGUGGGAUUGCAUGCUCCUCUUCCUGAUCUUCCUACGAUCGGAAGGGAUCGCAUGCUCCUCUUCCUCAUCGGCUUGGUUCAGUUUUAGCCGUGUGUAAUCCCAUCUUCUGUUUCUCUCUUACAGCUGAUGACUACUGAUGCUCUACUUUUUCUGGAACUUUCCCUGUCUCUCUCACUCCUUUUGUAAAACUUCAUCCCUCGUGGUAGGGCCAAAAAGAGGAGGAAACAGCAUUAUGCUCUCCAUUCCGUCUUUGGAUACACACAACAUGAAAAGUGCAAUAUCGUGUUGUUUACGUAUUGCUCAUCAUUCAUCAAUAAAGCUGCACUCCCUUUCAGUAUUACGUUUAGGAUGAAAUCUGUGCCAAAUCACAUAUUGAUCCCCUGAGUGAUUGCUGUCACGAAUGAUGUUCAGAUUGAUUUUGUGAUCAUAACAUCAUAUAUCAAGGCUGUUCAACUCUGAUCCUGGAGGGCUGAAACGCUUCUGGUUUUCAUCCUCUCCUUCUAAUCAGGGACUAAUUCAGACUUGGGACACCAGGUGAGUGCAAUUAACUACUAGGUAGAAGCAAAAAACUGAAAUGUUUUGGCAUUCCAGGACCGGAAUUGAAUAACAUCUUUGCAUCAGGGAAAGUCUCCCUUCAAAGGUAAAAUUUCAGAAAGUUCCAUUUGAGAAUAUGGUGCAACCCAAUUUAAAGCCUAAUGAAAUACCUGUAAAAUAGACACAGCGGGUUGCAUUGCACAGUUAAUUUGCAGAAUUGGUUACUAAUAAAAGAAUGAUCUAAUUAGGAUUUUUGUUUCUUUUCAUUUUUAAUAUUUGAAUAAUUAUCUGAAAGGUUUGGUUGUAAUGUACACUUAGAUUUUUCAUAUCCCAAAAGUAUUUUUCACAUUGAGUUAAAGUACAACUCUACAGGAAAUUGAUUAUAUAAUUGUCUUGGACACUGUUGUAUGGCUUGAAAUAUAGUAUAGUGACAUGUUUGUGAUAUGUUUAUUUAAAGUUUUAAUAAAAAGUGCUAAAUACUA